AUGAAUCUUCAUGAAAAUGCUGCAGAGUUCCUUUCUGCCUUCUCUGUGUUUGUUUCAAUUAAUGGCAUCGCCAUUAGUUGCCCUAAUGCUUCGGAAGCCCGCUACCUUUCAGACAUCGAGAAUGGCUCACUUCACAUAAGUGCCAAUUUCCGUCCGGCCACUCGCGAUUAUAGCACUUUCCACAUGUCGUGCUACGCGGGUUUGCAGGCGCGUGCGAACGAUGACUACCGAAUCACCUCCCUGGUUAUGCCGAUCAGACCAUCCGGCGUCUCGGCCUUGGACCUUAUCCAGGGUUACAUGCUACGGUCAAACUCGCAAUGGGGCUUUACGUCAAGCCAACUAUCACUGUACAUUUUUUGA